GCGGAAAUGAUUGGUGUGUCGCUUGAUGACACCUCGAUGUACUGUCUCGCGUGGAGUUGGUCGGCACAGAAACCCCUUUGCAUUACAAAGGACGAAUUCAUGAGCGGCAUGAAGUUUCUCGGCGCACCUGUGAGGAAGGUUGGAGGCAACUGUGCGCCCACGGUGUCGCUGGUGAAAGCACCCAAGCCUGAGUUUGAGCCGUAUCUCUGUGCGAUUCGCAGUCACAUUGAUGGGGUGGAUGAAGUGCUUCGCAGGGAUCCUGAUCAGUUCAGACAGUUUUACCGGUUUUUAUUUCGCUGGGUGCGAUCCCCGGAGACCAUGUCGAGGAGUGUAGGUGAAUCUGGUAUGAACAUAGACUCAGCUGUUGAGCUGUGGCGUAUGCUCUUUCCCGCGUACAGGGGCUUCCCCCAUUUGGAGGAAUGGAUCACGUUUUGCACGACAAAGGAUCUCUUUCGGCGAGAAUCUAUUAGCAGAGAUUUGUGGGAACAGUUUCUCGAAUUCACUGCAUUAACACGGUAUGACACCUAUGAUGUUAAUGAUGCAUGGCCGAGCGCUGUUGAUGACUUUGUUGAAUACUUCAAAGGUAAGCAGAAGUUGUGUGACAAGGAGGAAUGA